CCCUCUGUUUUCUAUGUAUUGUACAGCUAAACGUAAACAGACCGGGCUGAGAGUGUAUUUCAUAAUUGGUAAAAUGGGUGUGGUUUAUGCUAAAGAACACUUUAACGAGGGUUUAUCAAGCAACGAUUCUUUCAGUGGAAGAAAACCUUUCCGAAAUUAUAAUAUGGAAGAUAUUCAGGCCCGUGUGGACAAAGUCAGCAUCGAUGGCCUGGGAAGGACGAAGGACGACAUAAUCGUUCAGUCCGUGCAAGAUCUGAUGAAGGCCAGGAACCUUCAGGAGGUCAUCUUGAAAGCUCACAGGACACGUGAGAAGCUCAGCAGUCUCGGAUGCUUCAAGAACAUCGGCAUUUUCAUAGACACCAGCUCCGGCGAAGGCAGCUCACCCCACGGUUAUGAGGUGACGUUUUCCGUGCAAGAGAUGCGGCGGAUCGUCGGCGGGGUGAACAUAAUCACGUCGGUGGGGAGCAACGAGUGUCCGGUGCAGUUCAGCCUCAAGUUCCCGAACAUGCUGGGCCGAGGCGAGACGGCGGCGGUCGACUACACGUACGGGCUGGAGAAGACCGGAAACUUCAGCGUGUCCUUCCAGAAGCCCUUCUUCGGAGCCCUGUCGCCCACGUUCACUGCAUCUUUAUUUCGAAACAACGAACAAUGGCAGCCAUCUGGAUAUGGCCUGCUAGGUUACGGUAGCCUACUCGACUUCUCGUUUUUCUCUGCUGCUCACGUAAGGCACAACCUGCAGUGGGAGGGGGCGUUCCGCAACCUGUCGUGCCUCAGUCGGAACGUGGCGUUCGCGGUCCGCGAGCAGAGUGGUCCGAGCCUCAAGUCCUCCGUCAGACACAUCCUCACGGUGGACCACAGGAAUGCCCCCGUGUUCCCUACCAGAGGGAGCGCCUUCCAGCUGAACUCGGAGUACGCGGGCCUGGGGGGGAACAUCGGUUUCUUCAGAAACGAAGCGUUCUUCGAGAUGAACACGCAGUUAUUGGAAGAUGUGGUGGUACAGACUUGCAUCCAGGCUGGCUACCUGAACAGAUUCAGCGACAAAACUGUCAGCAUUUGCGACAAAUUCUUCCUCGGGGGACCGUCUUCGGUGCGCGGCUUCAGGCUCCGAGGAGUCGGUCCUCACGUGGACAAGAAUGCUGUCGGAGCCGAUGCUUACUGGGCUGUCGGGUUGCACUUGUUCAUGCCGCUGCCUUUCCGACCUUGGGCCUUCGGUCUCGGCGAACGUUGCCGGACCCAUCUCUUCCUCACGGCAGGCAACAUUGGCCAGUUUAAUUUCACGGACGACCUGUCGCACAACGCCAACGAGGUGACGAAGGACGCGCGGAUGUCGUGCGGGGUCGGCCUGGCGGUGAGAGUGCUGUCGGCCGUGCGCUUGGAGCUGAACUACUGCGUGCCCCUGUCGGCCCGGGAGGGGGACGCCUUGAGCCCCGGGGUGCAGUUCGGCAUCGGCAUCAACAUGCUCUAGCCGGCCGCAGCUGGGGACGCUAGUGCCCGCCCGCAGGCAUAGACACACACGCCUCGAGUGGGUUCCGAGAACCCGUUGUUUUUUUUUUUACCACGGUUAGUGUCAUGUUGGUAGACUGUACAGAGUACGUUUGUUAAAUUGACUGCACCGUAAAGAAAGUUGUCUCGUCCUAUUAUGUUCCAAAUUACUUUGAACGUUGAGUACUGUUGUAAAUAUGAAAUUUUCCAAAAUAUAAUUUGGUAAUUUUUUUACCUUAUAAGAUUAAUACACAUAGUUUGUUUUCGAAAAUGUUAUGUGUAACUUUUGAUGCCCUUUGUUUAUGUUUUUAAUUUUUGUUAAUGUGUAGUAAAUUUCCUUUGUACUUUUCAAGGCAAGAGGAAAAUAAUGUACUGAACUCCAAUGAAGUGUAAAUAUAAAAGCUGCUCAUUACUACCUACCAGUAUGUUCAUAUUAAGAGAGAGAUUAAUUUGUUUUCGAUGAAAGAAUUUUAAUAAUAUAUUUCUAAGUUAUUCUGUAGGGAACAAGUAUGUAUGUGUGAAUUCAUAUAAUAUAUAUACAAGAGCAAGUGAAGUAUGCAGGGGUGCAAAAACCCAUACAUUAAAACCCUGGUUAAUACUUUUUUUAAAGAGCUGUAUUUCAUAACAAAUUUUUUUUUAACUUUAAUUUAUCUUAGUUAUUACAUACUACAUUCAAGAUAACUUCAAAAACAUUGUUUUGACAUAGGAAAUUAUAAUAAAAAUAUUAUAUAUAUUUACUUACAAUUA